UUGUUACCUGGCAACGGCGAACGCUGAGAUCGGUAAUGGAAGCUGGCCUGUGAGCGCUGAUCAGGCCCCGAAACUAACAGGGCCAAGACGAAUACCUCAUCAUGGAUGACGAUGACCUGGAUGAGCUGCUGGAUGAAGUGGAAAAAAAGUUCUGUAGCAAAGCUUCUGCAGCGUCUUCCGGUGUAAGACGUAGCAAAGACGAAAAUAAACAGGAAAAAUGGAGUGCUGCAAAAUGUGAGCCACAUAAAAGCAGCGUUUCUGAGGACAUUGAUGCCCUUCUGGAGGAAUUACUGGAGGAUGAUUACGACAGUUCUCCUCAGUCAAAGGGUGAACAGUUUUCUAAAAGAGAACAAGCAGAGAAGAAACUCUCAUCACAGUCUGCUGGAAGAAAGUGCUGUCCUGUUUUCAUCGGUGGGAGCUCAGUCACAAACGGUGUUGGAACAGCCACUUCCAAAAGGUCAUGUGACCAGCUGAGGUGCAUCUCCUGUGACUUCCGGGUUUUGAUGUUUGACGAUUCUGAAUGGGACCCAUCAUGUGACUACCUGUUCCUCAGGAACAACGUGCCGGACCGCCAUAAGCUCCGAGCCAAGCUGAAGAAGAGGAAGGGUUUGCGGGCUUACGCCUGUCAGUGCAACUGGUUCUCCAGCUCAGAGACGACGGACCUCAGAAACCAGCCUCAGCUCAGAUGGGUCUGUGGCAAACAUCUGGACUGAUGCUCACAGCAGGGAAACGUGCUGCUCUCACAGCAUGGACCACAAAUGGGAGCUGAUGGCUUCUCAGACACAUCUAUUAAACCUGAUGAUGGAACUGAAACUGAUUAGUCUGAGUAAUGAUGAGUUGGAUGUGAAAACAGAUAAGGGAAUGUGUUUUGGAUGCUGGAGUAAAUCCAAACUGAUAAAACCGGCAGCAUAAAUGAAACUUGGAGUCAGUUUUGUUAAACUCAGUUAACUGAAACAAUCAAACAGCCACCUGAGGAGAUCUAAAAAUAUGUUUUAAAACAUCUAAGAACUCUUUGUUGGACUCCUCAGUGGUCCCAAUAUUGUCCUCUGUAGAAUGUUUUUAUCUUUUAUUUAAGGUUCACUCACAGUUCAUUGACACUAAAUGUAUAACAGGGAUGCACCGAUGUGAAAAUUUGGGCCAAUAUCAAUAUCCGACCUGAACAGGGUUUAUAAAAUCUGAGAAGCUCCUUUGGAACAUUUUAAAAGCAAAUGAAAAUUGUUGUAGUCUUAAGAUUUAUAUUUGUCAAACAGCUAAAUGAGAAACGUCAUAUUAAGUAUCUUAAUAUUUUUAAAUAUUUUAGGCUAAUGUAAUAGAAAGACUUAGAGAAAAAAAUAUCUGAAGUAAUUGAUGUAGAAAAUCUGUUGAGAUGUGGAAUAUUUUUCAGUGUUUGAACUCAUGAGAUAAAUAUGAGAGAAAUCUUUAUUGUAAUUCAGUUUGUGUUCAUUUUGUGUUCUCUUUUUCUACAUCCCAGAAUAUACAUUUUCUCUUCUGUCCUCCCGUUUCAUCAUUGGAAUCGCAUUGUGAGUUGACUUCAUCUCAAACAAAAUUGAUUGUGACCAAUAUUUAAUCUUUUCUUUCUGGUUUCGGUCAGCCUUUGUUUCUCCUGAACUGUUAAAUGCUUCAUUAUUCUGUCACUUACUUAUUACUGUACUGAGCAUGCUCAGUGCAGUUUCUGUCCCAAAAUUAAAAACAGUGUUAUCUCUUUAGUGAGAGGGAGCUGGAAUAUUAAAUGUGCAACCAUGGAAACAAUAAAAAGGAGGUUCAGACCAAACAAUCUUCAAGUAAGUCGACAUGCAGAUGAAUUAUUAAAUCAGAGUAAAAACUUUUUA